GCUGCAGCUAAAACCAGUCCAAUGCAGCAGGAGUUUCAAGAACAGCAGCACAAAAAUGAUGACAACUGAAUGGAACAAGAAGGCACAUAUUUUCAAGAAAACCUCUUUAUUCUUAAAGUAGAAGUUUCCCUUCAAGAUGACAAGUAGUUCAGACUCUCCAGGUUCUCACUUAUCCCCCAAAACAAGAAGUUCUAAAAUAGAUUGCAACUUCUUGAAGGAAUUGAAUGAGGACUUAAAACUAAGAAAACUGGAACUUCUAGAGCUGCUAACACCGCUUGAAGAUAAGAACAACCCCUUAUUCCAAAAGUUAAUGUCUAACUUGGAGGAAAAACAAAGAAGUCUGCAGAUUAUGAGACAGAUCAUGGCAGGGAAGGGGAGUGAAGAAUCCUCAGCCCUGGAGAUCAUUAAGGAAGCAGAGGACAUGAAGCAGAAUCUAGAAAGGAAAAACAAGAUGCUACGGAAAGAAAUGGAGAUGCUAUGGAACAAGACAUUCAACACAGAAGAAAUCAGUGAUCAACAAAAAGCACCACAGAUUAAAAACAAAGCAAACUUGCAGGAUGGAAAGAGGCUCUUUCUUCCACCAGGAAAAGCAACAGAGGAAAAUAGAAUGGGUGAGGUACCAGGAACAAGCCAACAACCUUCAGGUAUUAAUGUCUUCCAAGGCUAA